CGCUGACAGUGGUCCAGCCGCUCACCCUGGACAGAGAUGUUGCCAGAGCAAUUGAACUGUUGGAGAAGCUACAAGAAUCUGGAGAACUACCAGGACACAAGCUACAGUCCCUUAAAAAAGUACUGCAGAGUGAGUUUUGCACAGCUAUUAGAGAGGUAUACCAGUAUAUGCAUGAAACCAUUAACGUUAAUGGCUGCCCAGAAUUCCGUGCCAGGGCUACUGCAAAGGCAACAGUUGCUGCCUUUGCAGCAAGUGAAGGCCAUUCACACCCUCGAGUAGUAGAGCUGCCAAAGACUGAUGAAGGUCUUGGUUUUAAUGUGAUGGGGGGGAAAGAACAGAAUUCUCCUAUUUAUAUUUCUCGCAUCAUUCCUGGAGGAGUAGCAGAAAGGCAUGGAGGACUCAAACGUGGAGACCAGCUGCUUUCUGUUAAUGGUGUGAGUGUGGAAGGAGAACACCAUGAAAAAGCUGUGGAGCUUCUGAAGGCUGCUAAGGACAGCGUCAAGCUGGUGGUGCGCUACACCCCCAAAGUGUUAGAAGAAAUGGAGGCUCGCUUUGAAAAACUGAGGACAGCCCGACGCAGACAACAGCAACAGCUGCUAAUUCAGCAGCAACAACAGCAAAAUGCACAGCAAAAUCAUAUGUCAUAGAAAGAAGUUCUGAAAUCAAGAGUUCAGCAACUUCACAGCAAAGCUGUGCUUCAUAUUCCAACACAGAGUGAAGAAGCAGCAGCACCAACAAUGCAACAAUUGCAUUCACCAGCAAUCUGUGAAUUACUGCCAUAAGAAUUGUUUGACAAGCCAACACCACAAUAAACCCUCUCCAGCAGGUUUUUCGAUAUACUGAAGCCUUAGGAUGAAAAGGGUUGUUUGACUGCUGCUGUUGUAUUGUAAGAUCUUUCAAAAUUUAAAGAGUUGUUCCAAAAAAGAAAAAGAAUGGAACUGAGUAUUCAUCAUGGCUUCUGAAUGAAUGUUUGUACGGUCCCAGUCCUGCUCUUCUGGCAAUAGUCCUUUGAUGGGAAUUGGUCAAACAGAUGAGCCGGUGUCAAGAAGAAUACUGUCAAGAAUUUGUCAGCUGCAGUACAGCUCUAGAUACGCUUCAGAAAGGGGUGUGUGAUUAAUACCACCAAAAUGUAGAUAGGGAUGUGCAUUCAUUUGCAUCCAUCACAAAAACAAUGCAGUGUGGAUCAACAGCAUCCCUGCAAUUCCUGAUCUAGCCAGUGAUAGGAGUGUGGCUGUCUGCUUUUGACCGCAGAUCUCCCAAUAUUAACUGGACCAAGACCUGUCUGUGUGUGUGUGUGAUGAACAAUGUAAAGCAAAAUUGCAUCUUUAAAUGUUGCCAUUUGAAAUCCCUCAUACAUCAUGCAUAGCAUCUCAGUGUUAUAGAGUUAUAUUAAUCUAAAAUCCCGUUUGUAAUAAUUCUCCAUUUCUUCUCUUGAAAGUUGUUACUAUAUUUAUACAGCAUUCCAUUUGUAGAAACAUUCGGCUUUUUACUUUUGGUGUAUCCCUAUAGUCUAUUGAUCAGGUUGGAUUCUAUCUUUUGUUAGUUAGUAAUACUUGAUGACCCUAGAACUGUAUUUUUAAAUAUAGAUAUUGCUAGUAUAUCUACUAUAGCUAUUAUCAAGAAAUCUAUAACUGAGUAUACAGUAUAUUUAUAAGAUAUAAAUACAUAUAUAUAAAUAUUGUUAGAACGUACUUGUUCCAGAAGUAGGAUCUAUGCUUACUAUAUAUUGCAUAUGUUGUUGAGAUAAUG